AACAAGUGCGUCGAUGAUGCUCGCCAGCUCGGUCCUCCAAGAAAGACCCAACGUUAUUUGAACGGGAGACAUCAUAGAAAUACCGAGCCUUUCUUCAUGGACCUCAGCGUAACUUAUUUAUUUUUGUUCCGUUACUUCAUUUCCAACUUUGUUGCUGUUCGGUGAAAGCGAAAAAAAAAACAACAACAACCGCAACGAGUUUUCAAGAGGUCCGCCAGCCAUUCGUCUCAGCAUGUUGCCGGGUAACUAGUGAGCAGCCCCAGCGCAUUUAUCGCGCGCGCGCGCGUGUGUGUGUGUGUGUGUGUGGGGGGCUGCUUUUUUUCUUUCUUUUUGUGUGUGUGUCUGUGUGCAACCGACAUGUUUUUACGAGACGACGACGACCAGGAGCGCGAGGCAGCGAGCAGAGGAACCCGGGCUGCUUCACCGAGGCCCAACCACGAAAAACAGCUGCUGCGUUGAUGUGAGAAGAAGAAGACCCCCCCCCCCUCUCUCCCCUCUCCCUCUCUCCCUCCCCCCCCCAAAAAAGGUCAGGAGGGACAACAUCAGCGACUAUGAGCAGGGCAGAACUACUGGACAGGGUCUCGUCCACCAGCGAAGAGUCUCUCCCGGGCCUCCACAACUCUAAAGCUGACCCGCGGACCCACAGCCGACCCCUCAGUGACAUUUACCCGUUUCACAGUCCCGCCGACAGAGGUGUGGUCCCGUGCCAGCUGUCCGUGUGCGCCGCCCAAGUGCAGCCGGUGACUGCGGGCCCUUACGAGAACCAGUUGAAUGGCAUCAACUCGUCGUCCUGGUCCAACCCCGUCAUAGGUCAACCCGAGGGCAAGCCUUUUUCCUCAAGAAUUAUGAGGCUUUUUUCCAACCCGAGGAAGGGCCCUGUCCCCGCUCGCGGUCCGACCGCUGACAGUCCCGCCCCGUCCCACGGCAACGACAGCAACGGCGUCCCCCAGUCCUGGUCGGGACUACCGGGUCUGGGUGUGGUGGACUCCUUCAAAAAGCUGCGCUCCUCGGUGCUCCAGGGUAUUCAGAGCAGAGGGGCGGUCAGCCAAGAUGGAGAGCACGACCCGUCUGACCAGGAAAUGGCGAAUGGAACAGCUGCGGCAGACAUGUACCCCAGUCCAGAUGACGCAGGAAGCCGCUUAAUGUGUGCAGACGGAUACGGUGUGCCCAACGGACAAUAUAACGGGCAAAAGUCGGCCGCGACAACCCGAUGUGCAUCCGACGAUGAGGAGGAAAACGACGAAGGAGACGAGCUGGCGCGCAACACGCGGUUCUCGAGGAGCAUCAGGAGGGCGUACGGAGCCGGUCGCAUCUCUUUAUUGGACACCGGGAACAGGACGACGACUACGGGAACCAAUCGGACGCCCGGCGUCCAAACGGACAACGCGACGGAGGACGCUAAUGCGAGCGUGCUGAGCAAGCUGAGCAGAAGUGCAGAGAAUCUUCACAUAUUUAAGGCGCCUUUCAGGCGCAAAGCCCCGCCGCCGGGACCGCCUCCGCUUCAGGAGGACGCCCAGAGGACCACCGCGUCGAACGGGACACCGAACAUCCAGAGGACGGCCAGCGUCUCCUCAGUGGAUCUCCGGGGCCACGCUGCCGGCGGCGCGAAGGGCCCCGCGAUGACCAAGAAGCCGAUGCUGAAGCUGGUCGGCAGCAUGACCGACCUGACCGCCAGACGCAGGCGGAGUCCCUCCCCCAGCUCCACCUCUCCGUCACCGCUGUCUCCCCUGACCCGUCUCCACGACGACUACUCCCGCCGCACGCCUUGCCUGGCGACGGGUGAGCGCCAGCGCCGUCCCUCGCCCGUCAGAGCCCGGGUCAUGUCCGCAGAAAGCACCCUUCUGGUUCAUCUGCGCCCCGAAUACGCCGACGGCCCCGGGCAGCGCAGGGGCCUCACCGGCCUGGUUCCCGUGGAGCCGCCGGAGGGAGCCGAGCCGACUACCGCUGACUUCUUUGCUCCUUAUGAAUCGUCUGCUUACAAACCUCCUCCCGUCCAGAAAGAAGCUGAGGAUGACCCGCGACCAAAUGAGGCGACAUCGGACCAACCAGAGCCAGAAGCCCUUCUCCAAACAGAGGAAGUCCCUCCAACCCCCAUCACCACCCCUCCCACCUCCUCCACGAGCCUCUCAGAGUCGCCCACGGGCGCAUCCUUGGAAACGUCCUCCGCCAGGCCGAGGCGGAGGAGCGGACGCGCGAGACCUCGUCCCAUCUCUGACUACGGGCAGCUCGUUUCCAGGAGGAACCCCAUCCCCGAGGAAGGGGCAGAAACGCGCGCCGAGGAAAGGACAGCGGAGACAUCCUCGCACAAGGACAGCAGUGGUAGGGACUCGUGCGGGAUUGAAGAGAGCCCGGAGACAUGCAGCGUCAGCGGGGACGAUCAAGGAGGCACGAGGCAGCGCCCGGUCUCGGUGAUCGGGGGCGUCGAGGAGAGCGAGGAGAAAGAAGACCGCCUCCCUUCUCUUUUGUCGCGGCCGCCCAUCCCCUCCCACCAGGUCCCCCCCUACAGAGCCGUGUCUGCCAGGUUUCGACCCUCCGCCCUCUCCCAGAGCACCCCCAUCGGACUGGACCGCGUAGGGCGGCGUAAGCUCCACAGAAUGCUCAGCGAUGGUUUGUCAGAGUGCUCGGCGGCGCUGGAUGACAGCGUGAGUGAAGAGGAGGACGGCAGCUUCGACGAGCUCGCCGAUGCAACGCCCCACCUCCGGCCAGGGGUGGAGCUGUCUGUGCUCAACGAGUGGAUAAGCUCAGGCAACGCCGUGUAUGCUGAGGCUCUGUGGGACCAUGUGACCAUGGAGGAGCAGGAGCUGGCCUUCAAGGCCGGAGACGUUAUCCGCGUACUGGAGGCCCCGGACAAGGACUGGUGGUGGGGCAGGGGGGCUGACAAGGAGUCCUGGUUCCCCUCCAGCUUUGUGAGGGUGCGAGUGAACCAGGAGGACUUGAGUGCAGAAAGUGUGGAGAGUGUCGCGGACCAGGAAGAUCCGGCUCCCAGGGACGCACACAACGCUCAGCACAAGGAGCAGAUGAGAACCAACGUGGUUCAGGAAAUCAUGAAUACCGAACGCAUCUACAUCAAGCUCCUGAAAGACAUCUGUGAGGGUUACAUCCGUCAGUGCCGUAAACACCCGGACAUGUUCACUGAGCUGCAGCUGAAGACCAUCUUCAGCAACAUAGAGGACAUCUACAGGUUCCAGAGGCAGUUUCUCAGAGACCUGGAGAAGAAGUACGACAAAGACCAACCUCAUCAAAGUGAAAUUGGCUCUUGCUUUCUCCUACAGGGAGAGGGCUUUUCUAUCUACUCCGACUAUUGUAACACUCAUCCAGCAGCCUGCUCUGAGCUGCAGCGCCUCAUGAAGUCCGGAAAAUAUAAGCAUUUCUUCGAGGCCUGCCGGCUCCUCCAGCAGAUGAUCGACAUUUCCGUGGCCAGUUUCUUGCUAACGCCGGUUCAGAAGAUCUGUAAAUACCCCCUGCAGCUUGGAGAGCUGCUUAAGUACACCCCCAAAGACCACAGAGACUACAGCGGGGUGAGCAAAGCUCACGAGGCGAUGAAGAACGUGGCCAGUUUGAUAAACGAGAGGAAGCGGCGGCAUGAGAGCAUCGACACCAUUGCUCACUGGCAGGUGGCCAUUCUACACUGGGAGGGGCCCGACGUGCUGGAGCUCAGCUCGGACCUGAUCCACUCCGGCGAGCUGACUCGGGUCCUCCGACAAGGCAAAAUGCAACAGCGCAGCUUCUUCCUGUUCGACCACCAGUUGGUCUUCUGCAAAAAAGACGUGCUGCGCAGAGACCUGCUCCACUACCGCGGGCGGCUGGACAUGGACCAGACGGAGGUGGUGGACGUGCCCGACGGGCGGGACCCGGACCUGGGCCUGCAGCUGAGGAAUGCGCUGCGCCUGCGCAACGCCUCCACUCUGGAGUUUGUGUGCGGGCUGUGCUGCAGGAAGGCCCAGGACAAGCAGAGGUGGCUGCAGGCCUUCGCCAAGGAGAGGCAGCGAGUCAGAGAAGACCAAGAGAUGGGAAUGGAAAUCAGUGAAGAGCAAAGAAAACAGGCCAUUGUUAAUGCCAGGAGAGCCAAACAGAAGAAAAGCAAAAACAUUGGUUACUCUGGUUCUGUCCCACCGCACCACCAAAACCUUCACCCACUUCACCCACUUCACCAGCGUCACAUCACCAUCCCAACCAGCGUGCCCCAGCAGCAGGUCUUUUCACUGGCCGAGCCCCCGAAGCGGAAGCCUUACCACGUGUUGCAAAGCAUCCCCUUUUUCAGGAAGUGAGGCUUUGCUCCCUCAUCCUUUUUUAUAUUUUUGUUGUUUUUUUUCGCCCGAACUGUCCUGAAAACUCAAAGAACACUCGACUCCUUUUUUCCGUUUUUGUGCCUGAUGUGUCCUUCUCUUGUGUUUUUGAUUUUGUUGCAUCAUGAAGUCCAGUGCCUGGAAAGGGGCUUUACUAAAGUGUUAAAAUACUGACUCUGUUCAUUUUGUUGCUGUUAAGAUGCUGCUGACUCAAGAGACCCCCCCCCCCCUCCUAACCUCCCUUGUCUUAUAAAUCCCAACUGAAAUACUUUAAACAUGUUAAUCAUGACAAUGUACAGUAUAUUCUGCUUUUACGCCAACAAACAUGGAUCCUGUUUAGACCCUUGUUUUUUUUGGUGUGAGUGUAAACUCUGAGCAGCAGACAGAGGAUGAAUCGACUGACUCGCUCACCUGCUUUGUUAACACUGUA